AGAGACAAUGCGCAAAGCGCUUGACGCGGGCAGUCAGACAUUUAGUAUCGUGGUGUUCGGUGCGUGUGACGUCUUGCCUCAUUGCGUAAUCGGCUAAAAGGAGCAAGCGAGAGGGAGAAAAUCAUCAAACCGUAGAGGCGAUUUCAGCUGUGCCUCGCGCUACCGCAAACGCAACAACACUGCCUGCCGCGGAUCAAGAGAUAUGCCGCAGAGUGGAGGCGAAUAUUGCUAGCGCUGUAAAGGGUGCGUCUGGAUUUUCCGCUGGCGGAUCGAUACUGAACGACGAGCAGCUUGAUACAGGAAAAAUGUCGGCAAUGAAGUCCAGUGGUUCACCGGGAACCGCUCGUGUUUUACCUGUGCUGAGCCACUUUAAAUACGAGCAUUUCGUCGCUGGUAUAUCUGGCGGCGUGGUUUCCACGCUAAUGCUGCAUCCCCUGGACCUGAUAAAGACCAGAUUUGCAGUUAGCGAUGGACAUUCACGCGUGGGUCCGCAAUACAAGAGCCUCAAAAGCGCGGUUAUGCAAAUUGUUAAGACUGAAGGAGUGACGGGACUUUACAGAGGUGUAACGCCAAACGUUUUAGGAUCUGGUGGUGCGUGGGGUUGCUACUUCUUUUUUUACAAUACCAUUAAAACAUGGAUCCAAGGUGGAAAUAGUAGGAAGCCUUUAGGUCCUACUAUGCACAUGUUCGCCGCAGCGGACGCUGGGAUUUUGACUUUAGUUAUGACAAAUCCGCUUUGGGUAGUAAAAACGCGUCUAUGUUUGCAGUAUAUGGACGACAAACAUCUUCCGGAAACACUUAGAUACAAUGGUAUGGUAGAUGCAAUUAGAAAGAUUUAUAGGACCGAAGGAGUCAGAGGCUUGUAUCGGGGCUUUGUACCUGGCAUGUUUGGUGUCUCCCACGGUGCUAUUCAAUUUAUGGUUUACGAAGAAUUGAAGAAUUGGUAUAACAAUUACUUGCAUGUGCCAAUUGACACGAAGCUGGCCACAUGGGAAUACAUUUUCUUCGCGGCAGUUUCGAAAUUAAUUGCCGCUGCCUCGACUUAUCCUUAUCAAGUUGUUAGAGCACGACUUCAAGACCAUCAUCACAACUACAGAGGCAGUGUUCAUUGCAUUAAAUCGAUAUGGAGGUAUGAACGGUGGCGUGGCUUUUACAAGGGUCUGUGUGCAAACCUGACCAGGGUAACUCCAGCGACCGUGAUCACGUUCGUGGUAUACGAAAAUAUGUCUCACUAUCUUCAGAAUGGAAACACAAGGAGUGGAGAUAAUAUUUCGCCCGUAUGGAUGAAGAAACUCGAAGACAAUUCAAACACUUAACUUAAGAAUUAUAUCGAGAAAUGAUCUUGUAUCACUAUAAGCGAUGGUAUUGAAUGGUCUAUUUGCUCCAAUUAAUCGCGAAAUGAAAUUACGUUUACUCGAUUAAUGUGUAACGUCGAUUUAAUCUGUAAGUAAACAAGUGUUUCGUUCAUCGAACUUGGACUAAAUUUUUGUUUCGCUAUUUAUUACUUCGCGUCCAUGAUUCUGUGGUAUUGUAAAUGUUAUUCCUCAUACGUUGUUACUGUGGAAAGCAACUGUGAACACAUUACACAUAUUUUCUAUCGUUGAAGAAAAGUUCCUGUUUAUUUUGCGACAUUUUUCACACCGACAUGCUUUCUUACUCUAAAAUGUUAUUUUAAAUAAGCUAUAUACGCAUAUGUCCUGUGUAUUUAUAACGAUAUCCUAGAAAAUCGAAGUUAGUCCUUUAUCUGAAAUGUAUCGCGUGUAGCGUCUGUGUAAUAAAUU